AUUUAAACCUGUCCUCUCUCUCCCCCCAUUCCAGGUGUGGCUCUAUCCCAUGUCUCCCUUCCACGAGUGCUGCCUGCCGGGGUUGAUGUGCCCCGAGCCCUUCGCCGUCACCUGCAACGAGACCUGCGUGAUCCGAUACCCCGACACCGUGGUGGACAUCGUGGAACCCGACCACCCUCCCUACUCCCUCAUCUACCCCGGCCCCACCCUCACCACCUUCCCCCAGCGCACCAUCGUGGGAUCCACCGGCCUGCCGGACCUCAGGAGCUUCCUGGGCUCCCGGGGAUCUCUUGGGUUCAGGGAGCUCGCAGGCCAGCCUAAAGCCAGCAUGGAUAUCUGUGGAUAGACUGAAAAGCAGAUGCUGAGAACGCUAAAGAGCCCGACUAAGUUUAUGGAUAAUGGAUUAGAGAGAAGUGCUGAGCUGCCGAGGUUCCCAGUGGAGUCAAUAAAGCCAGGGCUUCCUGGCACUUAGACCUGCCUGAGGAUUAGAAAGCCCCAAACUCCCAAGAAACUGAAAUUUCGCCUCUGAGCCGAGUCAAAAUUAGGACGAAACAAAACCCCCCAGAAUUUUUCAAGAAACCAGAUUUUUCAAAAAAUCUCUAUUUUUUUUUUUUUCUCUUGGUUUGGUAAAAACUGUGUGUCAAUAAAUUCGUUUUUAUGCCAACACUGAUGUUCUAUUAUCGAUUUAUCUCCAAA